AUGGCGAGGCUUCUCGUGCUCCGCGCGGCGCCGUACCGCCACUCCUCCCACCUCUGCGCUGCCACCCUCGUUCUCUCCCCCUCCCAGCACCACCACUUCGCCUCCUUCCCCGCCCCUCCCCCCUUCGCCGCGCGCCGCACCCUCCCCUCGCCGCUCCGCGUCCCUAUCCGCGCAGUGGAGUCCUCCCCCGGGCCCACCAAAGAGGAGCAGGAGCCGUCUCCGGCCGCCAGUGAGGCCCAGGAGCAGCUAUCGCCCGCGGUGCCGGCGUUCGAGGUCGAAGAGCUUGGGUGGGGGACCCAGCUCGCCGUCAAGCUCCGCAUGCUCGUGGCGCCGCCGUGGCAGCGCGUCCGCAAAGGAAGCGUCCUCAACAUGAAGCUACGCGGCGAGAUAUCUGAUCAAUUGAAGACACGCUUCUCGUCAGGGCUGUCACUACCACAAAUCUGUGAUAAUUUUGUUAAGGCAGCAUAUGACCCACGGAUCUCAGGGAUUUAUCUGCACAUAGAGCCACUGAGAUGUGGGUGGGCAAAGGUGGAUGAGAUCAGAAGGCACAUUGUGGAUUUCAAGAAGUCUGGUAAAUUUGUUGUUGGUUAUAUGCCUGUUUGUGGGGAGAAAGAAUACUACCUUGCCUGCGCAUGUGGUGAGCUAUAUGCACCUCCAAGUGCUUACGUUGCUCUGUUUGGCCUAACUGUUGGGCAAACAUUUCUCAGAGGUGUCCUUGAGAAAGUUGGAAUAGAACCAGAAAUUCAACGAAUUGGUAAAUACAAAAGUGCUGGAGAUCAACUCGCACGCAAGAGCAUGUCAAAUGAAGUCAGGGAGAUGCUGGCGACACUGCUUGACAAUAUUUAUGGAAACUGGCUGGAAACAAUAUCUUCUACACAUGGGAAGAAAAAAGAAGAAAUCGAGGGAUUUAUUAAUUCAGGGGUCUACCAGGUUGCCAGACUCAAGGAAGAAGGUUGGAUAACAGAUUUACUGUAUGAUGAUGAGGUAAUGACAUUACUAAAGGAGAGAGUAGGGCAGAAAGACAAGAAAAGUCUGCGUAUGGUUGACUACAGUAAAUACUCGCGUGUUAGUAAACAGACUCUUGGAUUACAAGGAGGAGGUGAACAAAUUGCCAUAAUCAGAGCUUCUGGAAGUAUAACACGGACCCGUAGCCCAUUGAGUGCUCCUGGUUCAGGCAUUAUCGCUGAGCAGUUUAUUGAGAAGAUACGAACUGUUAGAGAAUCAGAAAAGUACAAAGCUGUUAUCUUACGUAUAGACAGCCCUGGUGGUGAUGCUCUUGCUUCUGACCUGAUGUGGAGAGAAAUCAGACUUCUAGCUAACUCUAAACCUGUGGUUGCUUCGAUGUCUGAUGUCGCUGCAAGUGGGGGGUACUACAUGGCAAUGGCUGCACCAGUAAUUGUUGCUGAGAAACUUACUCUUACAGGAUCAAUUGGAGUUGUUACAGGGAAGUUCUGCCUUCAAAAGUUGUAUGAGAGGAUUGAUUUCAAUAAAGAGAUUCUAUCCAAGGGUCUAUACGCUGAGCUUAAUGUUGCUGAUCAACGACCUUUAAGACCAGACGAGGCAGAGCUUUUUGAAAAGUCAGCACAAAAUGCUUAUGCAUUGUUUCGUGAUAAAGCAGCCAUGUCGCGAUCAAUGAGUGUUGAUCAGAUGGAGACUGUUGCUCAAGGUCGAGUGUGGAGCGGCCAUGAUGCGAUUUCAAGAGGGUUGGUUGAUUCAGUAGGUGGACUCUCACAAGCUCUUGCUAUUGCAAAACAGAAAGCUAAUAUACCCAAGGAUAAGAAGAUCCAGCUAGUUGAAGUUUCAAAGCCCUCCCCAUCAUUACCAGAGAUCUUAUCCGGCAUUGGAGGUUCGUUGCUUGGAGUUGACAGGGCAGUGAAGGGAGUGCUCCAGGACAUGACCGCCCUAAGUGGAGUCCAAGCUAGGAUGGAUGGAAUCUUGUUUGAAAAUUUAGGAGAUAUGUCAGGAGAAAAUCAAUUAUUGUUGCUCAUAAAAGAUAUCAUGAACUAUUUUGAUUGA